ACUCUUUGCCGUCUCAUAGCUGCCCGUUUCAGUGCUUGUGUUAAACAGGCAGCAGAAACUCUAAACUGAAUGUUUUGCCUGAAUUUCCAAAGGUUUAUUGAAAGAGCGACAUGCCUGAAGCUAUCGAAUCACUGGUCGGCAGCCAGAAGGAAGUUGGUUUUAUUGUGUUCUUGCUUUCGUUGAGUAACCAGCUGGAAGCAGCGUGCAUCAGUAUCAGUGCUGCUGUGGGCUGCUGCUGUUUAAUGUGUAUAAUAGGAAGGUGUGCGGUUUGCUGCAGACUGCUCAGCCAGCCUGUGCAUUAGUUGCCUUGCUGAGUGAAGCCAGGAUGUUGUUCGAGUCUCGCUGGUAAAAUUAGCUCCCUUUCUCUCUGCUGUCUAACUGCUGAUGCCAAGAGCCAAGGAAAGAAGAAUCCUACGGAUCUAUGUUUUAAAAUCAUGAAUCAGUGUUCAGAGGUGACCUGUCAACAAUCUACUGAUCAUAAAGGUUCGAAGAUGUCCUCUGCCUUGCAAAAACUUGAGAACUUGGCCAUAAGAAUAUUUAACAGGAGUACAAGGGGCUCUCCACAGGACUUUGAGACAGGUUCCGAAAGUGAUAGCCGACAGGAGUCGGAGUACUGUUUAGCCUGGAACUUGCACAUGAAAGAUUUCUUAGAGAAAGCGAGAGAGGAGUUCUUACAGAAAUGGGAGUCCCCACCACAGAAUACAGCACGUCUGGAUGACUUUGAGAGAUCAAAAACGCUGGGCACAGGGUCCUUUGGUAGAGUGAUGUUGGUGAGGCACAAAGUUACUAAGGAACACUAUGCAAUGAAGAUAUUGGACAAACACAAGGUGGUCAAGCUGAAACAAAUCGAGCACACACUCAAUGAAAAAAAGAUUCUUCAGGCUGUCAGGUUCCCUUUUCUGGUGCGCCUGGUAUUCUCAUUCAAGGAUAACACUAAUUUGUAUAUGGUGAUGGAAUAUAUUCAAGGUGGAGAGAUGUUUUCACAUUUAAGGAGAAGCGGAAGGUUCAGUGAACCUCACUCACGAUUUUAUGCAGCGCAGAUUGUCCUCGCGUUCGAAUACCUCCAUUCACUAGAUCUUGUCUACAGGGACCUGAAGCCUGAAAACAUACUGAUUGACCAAAAUGGCUACAUCCAGGUGACAGAUUUUGGAUUUGCAAAGAGGGUAAAGGGUAGAACUUGGACACUGUGUGGGACUCCCGAAUACCUGGCUCCUGAGAUCAUUCUCAGCAAGGGCUAUAACAAAGCUGUGGAUUGGUGGGCAUUAGGAGUCCUAAUCUAUGAAAUGUGUGCUGGGUAUCCUCCGUUUUUUGCAGACCAGCCAAUUCAGAUUUACGAAAAAAUAGUCGCGGGAAAGGUGCGGUUUCCAUCUCAUUUCAGCUCUGACCUAAAAGAUCUACUGCGGAACCUGUUGCAGGUUGAUCUGACCAAACGGUUUGGUAAUCUCCGAAACGGUGUCAAUGACAUCAAAAACCAUAAGUGGUUUGCCAACACAGACUGGCUAUCCAUCUACAAAAGGAAGGAGGAGCCUCCUUUUAAACCCAAGUUUAGAGGCCCCGGGGACACCAGUAACUUUGACGAGUAUGAAGAGGAGGCGAUCCGCAUAUCUCUCACAGAGAAAUAUUCAAAGGAAUUUGCUGAUUUCUAGAGAAGGAAAUGAGACAAAGCUGUAAAAUGACUGGAAAACUUGAUACACGGCUGAAAAGGCAAGGAGGCACUAUUUGGAGGGGAACCCAAACUGUUGUAUUUACUGAAAACUUUUGUGUUAAGUCUGUGCAUUCCACCAGGUGGAGUCCUACCUUGCCUUGACUUCGAAGGGCCUGGCCCUCUUUCCCUUAAACAGACUGCACCUGCAAAUCCUGAGGUCCUCCAGACAGUCACUAUCCCCAAUGACACACUAAACUCCUCUUUUUUGCCGCCUUCCAAUAAGCGUUUGUAUCUCAUUGUGUCUGAAUGUUAUAUAUGUUCUGUGUUUUAAAAGAUAUUUUACUUAUACAUUAAAGACCUUUAGUUUUCUUUUCUAAAACGUAUUUCUGAGUAAAGGGACUACUUUUCCAUUUCUGACCUACUGCAGAAUAGCUAAAUUAGGAGCUUGAACUCUUUCCUAACCUGUCUUACUCAUUCCAAGCAACUACAGAGUUGGCAUGUACAGGUGUAUUGUUAACUGUGCACCAUCUCUGCAAUCGAUUCCCUGCACUCACUCAAGUCUGGGAAAUGAUGAGCUUCUGUAUCAUUUUGGGAUCUCGCAUUUAAAUAACACAGAAUUAGAUGGAUGAUGUAGCAAUAUAAUGUUUCCCACAGUACACUUUGGCCCAAUUCUAUGGCUUUCACAUUUCUUCGGUAACCUCAAGGUUGAAGUGUUUGCUUUAUUUUAAGAUUCCUCUGGUGGAGGCAAUCCCAUGGCAAUAUUUCAGCAGAGUGGUGGAGUUCUCAGUGACAUGGCCAAUGUUUACUUUUCAGUCAAUAUCACUGAACGAAUUACCUGGUUAUCACAUUCAUGUUUGUGGGAGCUUGCUUUGGGCAAAUUGGCUGCUAUGUUUAUUACAUUGCAAUAUUACACUUCAAAAUAAAAGUACUUCAUUAGCUGUAAAGCACUUUGGGACUUCCUGAGAUUGUCAAGACACUAUGGAAAUACAAGUGUUUCUUUUAGUAAAAGGUGGAAUAAACAAUUUUACAUCCUAGUACCAAUCCCCUGUUUAACAUAGAGACCUGAGCAAGAAAAGCUGUCUAGAACAUCAACACGGGCUCUUUCCCUCUCUCUCCAAUGUGAAGACAAGGCGGUGAGAGUGGGAGCAGGCAGCCCGAGGUGGCAGCAGGAACAGGCUGCAAGGUGGCAAGAGCAGGCAGCUCGAGGUGGCCAGUAAGAAGAGCGAGAACUGGCUGCUCGAGGCGGCAAGAGUGAGAACAGGCAGCUCGAGGUUGAGGGCAAUGAGAGUGAGAACAGGCAGCCCGGAGAAGCGGAGGGGCCAAGUUCGAGUCCAGAGCAGGGGAGGUGGAGCCCUUGUGAGGAGUGCGAGCCCAGCAUUGCUGGGUGCUUAUGGACUGUAGUGUUGAACUUUAACUGUCUUUCUGUUUUUCUAUGUUUUGGUAAGAAGGACUAACAUGUUUAAUGUUUUAACUUUGGUUUCUUCAUUUUUCUGCUUUGUACCUAGGUAUCUUUUCACCUAAGUGGCGACAUGUAAACUUUUCACUGUACUCAUGUGAACAUGACAAUAAACCUAAUUCAAAAGUACCCUUUUUUUAUUUUGGGCCCAAGUGCCUUAUCCUCUUUCAGGGGAACACUGACUGUAUUGCUGUCCCAUGCAAACCAUAUUUUUAGCUCACUACAUAAGUGAAGGUGGAAAUGAGAAGUGGGCAGCUCUGAAAAUGUAAUCUGUUAGGAAUAAAUAAACCUCUGUAUCUGAAACUUAAUAUUGAAACAGGUCAUGAAUCCCAACUACAAAGAGGAUGAGGGGGUCACCGUUACUUAAAAUUUGUUCCACAGCAUUGUUCCUUUAGCACUGCAGAUUAGGUAAACUGUGAUAAGCUGUUUCUCAGCUUGACAAAGGCAUUGCAUUCUUUGCAUUGUUGUAUUAGAACAUAACUUUUCACAUAUAUUAGAAAGUCAUACUUUUGUAAACAUUCACAUGUUUCUGUCUGCUGGCCUUGCUGAUGUUUUGUUGUGGAUAGUUCAUGUUGCGUCUCUAGUUCAUGUUCCUGCCAACCAGCAAAGACCCUUGCCUGUGAAGAAUGUCACAGAAUCAUCAUAUUGUUGUUUUAUGAUUAAUAUGUAUGUAAUAAUCAGCAUCAAAUUAUGCUUUGGUAACAUCACAGUACUCCAAAGGUAUGUUGUUUAUUCAAAUACUGAAGAAGAGCUAAACGUGAUUAUUGCCUGAUCCUAAAGAAGACCUCUCUGAUGAAGGGUCUCAGCCCGAAACGUCAGCUUUUGUUCUCCUAAGAUGCUGCUUGGCCUGCUGUGUUCAUCCAGCUCCACACUUUGUUAUCCCUAAAGAAGACCAUCCUGGUAAUAUAUCUGUAUUGCUAGGCCUGCACUGUCUCUG